AUGUCUAAACCACAUGGAGACCAUACUGAUCGUGCUUCAGAAAGCCGGCGAAAGGGCCCAACAAAGCGCACCACCGCUGCAACACCAUCGGCUGUAGAUGAUCCCGCAACAGCGGCAGCGGGGGCGGCGCUUCCGUGCGGGGCCUGCAAGUUCUUGAGAAGGAAGUGCAUAAGUGGCUGCAUCUUCGCCCCACAUUUUGGCUCCGACCAGGGAUCAGCUCGGUUCGCGGCCGUUCACAAAGUGUUUGGUGCAAGCAAUGUGUCGAAGCUCUUGUUGCACAUUCCGGUUAACCGGAGACACGACGCCGUUGUUACCAUAUCUUAUGAGGCUCAAGCGAGAUUGGCUGACCCGGUGUAUGGCUGUGUCUCCACCAUACUCGCUUUACAACAACAGGUGACAUCGCUGCAAACGGAGCUGGCGAUGGUGCAGAAUCAGCUGGUGAACAGCAGGUUUGCGUUUGCAAAUGUGUUUCAGAGCUCACAGCAACAGCAGCAACUGCAGCAGCAUAAUGUUGGAGUGCUGCAGCCAGCCUACUCCAACAACUCGUCUGCCUCCAACAAUCUCAUCAGCAAUAUCAGCAGCUUCACCACCAACUUUGACAUCGGCACCACCGACACCGCGCCUUCGUCUCAGAGUUUGGAUCCUAUUCGGGCACUGCCACGGGCGUCCCAAGAAGAGGAUGACGAUGAGGAAGAGGAUCGUAUUCCUCGUGUUUUCCCCAAUGAGAUGCUUCACCGCUGCUGAU